UAGCUUUGCGUAGAAGAAAAAAGAAAUCACGUCCAUAUAUAAUUUUUUUUCAAUCAAAAGUCGCGCGAAGCGAGUUAGAGGAGGAAAAAAAAAAGAAAAAUCCGCACACACCCUCGCAGAGUUUUUCCUGCAUCAUUCACGAGAGAGAGAGCUUCGUGUGAUUAGAUUAGCAAUGCCGAGAGGCGCGAUGUUGGUGCGUCUUCGGUCUGGCGAGCAACGCAUUUUGUAAUAAUUUUCUCAGCAGAACCAACUCGACUGGUUGACUGUGCAGACGUCGUUCAGAGUCGGGUAGUUUUGUCUCCGAGAGACCUUUUGCAAGACGAUUAAAAAAUUUAAAUUAUUUUCUCAAAGUGUUUUGCGCGGGAAGUUUAUCAAGAGAGAAUAAAAAGUUCUUAAGACGGAAAUUCUCUUUUGCCGUAAAGUGUAAAAUCGCGCGAAAUUUAAAAAAAAUCGUGAUUUUUGUGAGCGUUAAAUAAAUUUUCUUUUUUGCGUGCGUCUUGAGGAAAACUGCGAAUUGAGAUUUCCAGGAAAAAGGGGGGCACGCAGGCAGAAAAAGAAGAGAAGAAGAGUGUGUGGUUUAUAAAUAAAAAAAAAGAUAGAAAAGAAGAAAAAUUCAAAUAAACUGGCAGCAAUGCGUGGAAGAUCCCGGAGCCAGAGUCUCAGUGAGACGAGCAGCUGUAGCUCCACAACAACAAGCGAUUUGAGCCACAAAUUGUCCUCAGCUGCCCGCAUAAGUGACGAUGUGGAAUCAGAUACGGAGACAAGUGAGGCAGCAUCGGCCAAAGUCAAUGGGAAGCUAAAUCAGCGCACUGAAACCGCCUCCACGGGCACAACGGCAUCAUCCAGUGAGGAUUCAGAUCCCGUCGAAUCGGACUUCAGUGAAGCCGAUGCGGAAGAAAUCGAGGAGGAAGAUGCCGCGGAAACUGAAGAGGAGGCUGAGGAGGAAGAUGCCGAAGAGGUUGAAUACACAUUGGAUCAUUUUCAAAUGAUUAAAACAAUCGGCACAGGAACAUUCGGACGUGUCUGCCUGUGUCGAGAUAAAACGGACAAUUCCUUCUGUGCCAUGAAAAUUUUGGCAAUGUGUGAUGUCAUCCGGCUGAAGCAAGUGGAACACGUUAAGAAUGAAAAGAACAUUCUGGCAGAGAUCCAUCAUCCAUUUGUUGUAAAUCUAAAGUGGUACACGAAAGACAACACGAGUCUGUACAUGCUCUUCGAAUAUGUCUGUGGUGGUGAAUUAUUCACAUAUUUAAGGAAUGCUGGGCGCUUUAAUAACUCAACAGCCAAUUUCUACGCCUGUGAAAUCGUCCUAGCUCUCGAAUAUUUGCACUCUCUGUCCAUUGUCUAUCGGGAUCUGAAGCCCGAAAAUUUGCUCUUGGACCGUGAUGGACAUCUCAAGAUAACGGACUUUGGAUUUGCAAAGAAGCUAAAGGAUCGCACAUGGACACUCUGUGGAACACCUGAAUAUCUAGCACCGGAAAUUCUUCAGUCAAAGGGACACAAUAAAGCCGUGGACUGGUGGGCACUUGGUGUUCUCAUUUAUGAGAUGCUCAUUGGAUAUCCCCCAUUCUACGAUGAUAAUCCACUGGGGAUCUAUGAGAAGAUUCUGAGCGGAAAAGUGGAGUGGCCACGCUCAAUGGAUGCCAUUGCGAAAGAUCUUGUGAAGAAGCUUCUUGUGUUGGAUCGCACCAAGAGGAUAGGAAACAUGAAAAAUGGUUCAGAUGAUGUGAAGAGGCAUCGGUGGUUCAAACACCUCGAUUGGACGGAUGUUUACAACAGAAAAUUAAAGCCUCCAAUUGUGCCACAAGUGAGAUUCGAAGGUGACACCAGUAAUUUCGAUGAAUACCCCGAGGCUGAUGCGAAAAAGACGCGCCUCCCCUCAAGUGCAGAACGGAAGCUCUUUGAUGAUUUUUAGUCUUUGCCGCAUUUUUUGUCUUUGUUGGUUUUUUUUUCGACUGUCCACCAAGUCUUUUAAAUUUUAAUUUAAACAAAAAGAAGAAAAUUAAUUUAUAAACGUGUGGAUUGAGUAUAUUAUUCCCUUUUAUUCUUAAAAAAAAACUCUUUUUUUUUAAAUAAUUUUCAAUAACUUUAGAGGAUUUAUUUUUCAAUUAAAUUGUAAUUUAUGAUGCUUUAGAAGAGAAAGAGAUGAAAGUUUGUUUUGUGUGCUCAAAACUAUGAGAUGUGAAAAAAAUAUAAUUUUUAGUUUAAAUUAUGUAUCUGUGAUAGGAUAAAUAUGUAGUUUUUAGGGACCUACAGAAUAGGAGGAGAAAAUAUAAAUAUAUAUUUUAACUGAGAGAGCCUAGAGAAUGUAGAAAAAAAGAGAAGAAAAAUAUAUUAGAGAACUUUCUUGUACAAAAUGAGCAGAUUAGUCAAAAAUAAAACAAAAAUGAAGAAAAAGAA